AUGGAAGAAGAUGAUUUAAUUAAAAGUUUUUUGGAAUUAACCCAUUGUAGAAAUGAGAUAGCUAAGAAAUAUCUUACAGAGAAUAAUUGGAACAUUAACUAUGCAUUAAAUGAUUAUUAUGAUAAAGAAUUGAAUAGUUUUGUUAAUGAACCAAAUAAUCAAGACAAAAUAUACCCAGCAGAUUUAACAGAUUUAUUUAAUAGAUAUUCAGAUCAAGUGUGUCCAGAUGGAACAAAAUGGAUCACUUUUGAAGGUAUGAUCAAGUUUAUAGAAGAGUUAGAGAUAUCCCAGCAAAAUAGCGAUAACCACAAUAAUACCACCACCAAUAUUAGCACUGAGGAGAAGUUGAAUAUAAAUAGACCUGAAACUGAAACUGAGGAUGCUAAUAAUGAUAUCUCUAUUGUGAUCCUAGCUAAACUCUUAUCAUGGAAGAAUAUGAACGAUUCACUCGACUAUGAACAGUUUUGUAACUCUUGGUUUAUUCAGGGGUGUUCAACUUUAAAAGAUAUGAGACUAUUAUUAUUUGAUUUAAACCAUAAGUUUUACCAUGAUCCGAUGUAUUUUGUAGAGAUCUAUAAUUACACCUUUAAUUUGCUCCUAGAUGUAGACUCUACACAAUUGGAUAUGACUACAGCAACUGAGUAUUGGAGACAAUUUUUAGUGACAACAAGACAUAAAAUACCCAUAAACGUAAACGAAGAGAUAUGUUGUAUGUGGUUCCAAUUCUUAAAAGAUACAAAAAAGACUUUUAUAACAUUUGAUUGUUGGAAAAUGAUCCUACAAUUCUUCCAAAAAUAUAGCAAUUUCCAAGAGCUGGCUUCAGAUUAUAACGAGACUGCUGCAUGGCCCUAUAUUAUAGAUGAGUUCUACGAGUACUUAAAAGAUCAUUCAAAGAUAUGA